AGACUAACACGGCUACCCCUCUGACACAUGACACCACUGAGCAGUUUCGAUUAGAAGACCUGAAAAUGAAGCAAAAUACUGACAAAUGGGAAAAGAAUUCAUUUUGUGUCGACUGGAAUCUAUUGGUUCAGCUAUCCGGUGGAAAAAGCAGUUAUUCCCAUAGCUGUGUGUGACAUCAGACGCCUCACAGAAAUCUGUUACGGAGUCAGAGCCAGCAGCCCUUAGCCCCGCCCAUCACCGCGACCGAGCCCCAUGAACCUGCUAAGCAUUGUGCUGCUCCUGGGGACUGCAGUUGCAGCCUGGGGCAGUUUAAAGCUCAGGGGGCAUCCGUGCCACCCCCACGCACAGCCCUGGCAGGCAGCCAUCUUCGAACGCUCCAAGUACAACUGCGGUGCCUCCCUCAUCAGCAGUAGAUGGGUCCUGACUGCAGCCCACUGCCUGACUGGCCCCAUUCACGUGCGCCUGGGGGAUUACAACCUGUAUGUCCGUGAGGGGACCGAGCAGUACAAAGCCGUGGCCAAAAGCAUCAUCCACCCCGGCUACAACUGCACGGACCACGACAACGACAUCAUGCUGCUCAAGCUGCAGAACCCGGCCAGGCUGAACCGCUACGUCCAGCCGCUGGGCCUGGCCUCCCGGUGUGCGGAGCCCGGCGAGCUGUGCUCGGUGUCGGGGUGGGGCAUUGCUCUCAACGCCCCCGAAAACAUCUCCAUCAUCCUCUACUGCACCAUGAUCCACAUUGUCUCCGAUGAGCAGUGCACGGCCAACUUCCCCAGGCAUGUCAACGAGAACAUGGUGUGUGCAGGCUUGAAGGGCGGGGGCACGGAUUCCUGUGAGGGCGACUCCGGCGGCCCGCUGGUGUGUAACGGGAAGCUGCAGGGCAUCGUGUCUUGGGGCGACGUGCCCUGCGUCUCCACCAUGAAACCCAGCGUUUACACGAACGUCUGUAAAUACUACGACUGGCUGCUGGCCACCAUGUGGGCAAACUGAGCCCCCACCUGCUUGUGACUGGGACCCCAGAAUAAACCAGAUGCUUCUCCCUUGAGCCUCAGCAUCUCCCCCCUUCCCCCCCUUGGCCUGUGCAUCCUGUGCUCCUGCUCACGAGUGGUUUUUCCCUCCCUCAAUAACUUUGAAAGAAAAUUGCUAAUUUUUAA